UCGGAGUCAAGCAGGUCUUGCAUGAGCAAAGCAGGAAACGACACUGGAUCGACUGGACUGAGAGCCUAAUGUUUUCAAAGUAUCGAUACUCCACGAGUAGGCUGUUUAUUUUGGGCGUAGAAGAAAACACGUGGGAGAAAUAUACAUAUAUAUUGAGGUGUCUGAGAGCAUGGAGCGGCGCUUUUAAACGGUCCGUUAUGGAGAUGACAAGCGAGGAGGCAGCCUGUCAGGUCCACGCAGUUUUCAUGGAGCCCGAGCCCGAGCCCGUGAGCCGUCUGAGGGCAAAGUACCACUCACUGCGGAGACAAGUGUGCCUCAUCCAGUCCAUCAGCGUGCUCUUGUGCUUCAGCUGCUGCGUGUUCACGCUCCUGUAUCACGCGUUCCCGCCGACCUCCAAGGAAAAUGGAACCAAGGAGACAGCUACAUUUGGAAUGCAGUAUCAAGGUGUUGAAUGGCAUAGCAGAGAAAAAACAAUCCAAACACAAAGAAUCACAUCUUUCACUCGUUUGACAGUUCAAGACAAUGCCAACUUCACUAAAAAUGAAGGAUAUUUGCCGUGGAUGGAUACACCAGAGUAUCCGACACCAAACAAUAGCAGAUACUUCAUCCUGGAUGACAAUAAUGAAUCUCUGAAAGUCCUUCGCGAUGGAACAUACAAGGUUUCUCUUCAGAUUACGUACAAAAAAAUAUUCAGCGAAAACACAAGUGAAAUAUUUCUGCAACAUGAUAUUCGUCAUUGUACUGAGGCAUAUGAUGGAGCCCUGACCCUCCUCGUCCACUGUGAAACAGUCAACCUCAAAUACUGGACGAAAACUCUGUUCUCUGAGGGUAUUUUUUCUCUCAAAGCUGGGGACAGACUCAAGGUGUGGUCCAACAAUCGGAAACUCAUUGACUUUAAAGGGCAAAUUUCGCAAAAAACAGCCUUUGUGGCAUAUCCUCAUUUUUCCACAUGAGGAUAUGGUGAAUAUAGAAUUCACUAAAAAGGCCAUUUCUUCUAUAGCUUUGCAUAAAAAUCAAAAGGGCUGCCAUGAAGUAUCAUAUUCAUCUGAAAGGACCUUGUGGUCUAAACACAUUCCUCUUCUGUCAACAUAAUAAUUUGAAUCUCAGAUUUAUUUGUAUAAUCAAUAGCAGAGGUAUGUACAGAAUAAAACCUUUAUGAAAAAAAUACUGUUGUACAGUAAUGGUGUCACAAGGUAAUACCAGGGUACUUUGAUAUCAUCUAUGGUACUGAAAAUCAUUCCUUCUAACAGUAUUUUUUGGUAUUUUCUUUUGUAUGAGAAGACUGCUCUGCUUCACGGCUGGGGACAAAAGAGGCAUUGGCUUGGGUUUUUAAAACAUUUUUAAGCACUACAACUGUGGAGGAAUUGUAAUUUAAUAAUGAAAUUGUAUUUUUGAUGCAUUUUGAUUGAACUUGGUAUGAAAAUAUACUGUUGUAUGCAUUAAAAUACUGCAUAUUAUAUUAUUUAUGCUAUUGUAAUAUGCUUUUGUAUGUUAUUAUAGUCAGAUUAAGGAUUUGGGCUGUUAAUGCAAAGGUUACAGGUUCAGUAACAUUACGGAUUGAAGAGAGUGGUCAAUACCCUGUAUUGCUCUGUUCCCUAGUGAGUUUUUGAGGUGCAUCGUGGUUGCUGUCAUUGGAAUUUGUAGGCUGUAAGUUACUUUGUAAUGAAUAGGUUUGCAAUCACCAAAUAUGACCUUUAUAAUGAUUUGUAUUAAAGAUUGUUUCAUGUAUUUGAAUACAUCUUCAUACUGACAUCAUUCUUUGACCAUGAAGAAUCAAUAAAUACUAUUACAUAAA